UAUGUCUGGAUCCCUUCUUCUGUCCGUGUUCUUGCGAUUGAAAUAAAUUUGUGACUUUUUUCAAAGUUCUGUACUAGCUUUUGUUUACCUCCAGAUUUUCAUAUCAGCUCAUUUUUUUUUCAGCCCAGUCUAAGCUCAUCCUCAUCACCUACAUCAAGUACACAUAAUCCCAAACAAUGGCCAAAAGAACAUUAGGACUUGGAAAGGCUGCAAAGGCAAAGAAGCAGAAAGUUGAAGCAGUUGUAGAGGCUCCUGCCAAAUCGGAAUCACCACAACUUGACAAUGAGUUAACAAUCCAAUUAAACGAAGAAGUUGAUCCCAACGAUGAUUUCGCCCAAUUGCGAGCAUUAUACAAGACAUUCGCUUCUUCGGCCAAAGACUCAGAAUUGGUCAUCAAUGGAGUCAUUCAUGAAUGUGAUCGUAUUUUAAGAAAUGCCGAACCUAAUGAUGUGAUCCCUGAUUACUUUUAUGUCAUUUAUGGAUUAAGUUUAAAUGAAUUGGCCAAGUUCCAUACCGAAGAUAAUGACAAGUUGGAUGAAUAUUUUAAAGCUGCCUUGGAAAGAGUAGAAGAUGGAUUGGAAAAGCAUAAAGACAGUAUUGGGUUAUUGCUUGCCAAGAGUAGAAUCUUGUUGAACGAAUUGACUUUGGUUAGAGUUGCUCCUUUGACUCUUGAAUCUAAAGAAAAGAAAGGCGAUGAAAAAUUGAGUAAAAUCUUAGAUGAUGCCUUAAAAGUUUAUGAAAAGGCAGAAGAGAAAGCAGAAGAAUUGAAGCAGUACGAAUUGUUUGAUGAAGAUAACUUAGAUAUGUUGACUGCCUUGGAUGAUUUCUUAGAUAUCGUAGACAACUUCGGUAAAGAUACUCUUGAAGGGUUAGAUGAAGACCAAGAAGAGGAUGAGAUUGAUGAAGUUGAAUUACCAUUUGAACAUCCCUUAUUUGCUAUUCGUGAUGAUGAUAUGUACAACCAAUGGUGGAGAGACCAUACUCAUACAUUCCUUGAAAAUGUUGAUAAACAUUUGGAAGCAAAGCCUGACAAGAAAGAUGAACUUGCUCAUUUGAGGAGGGAAAUUUGUAGAAGAUUAGGACAAUCCUAUUUACAAGAAGCAGAAAUUCCUUCUUCCGUAUUUACUAGUUUAUCCUAUGAUGACGAUUAUAAAGACGAAGAAGAAUUACACGGGUUGACCCAAGAAGAAGCUCAAGUUGCAGCACAAGAACUUAUUGCCAGGGCAUUAAAGUAUUUGACUCAAGCUGAAGAUAAAGAAGAACCUGAAACCUGGGUUGAUAUUGCCGAAGCCAUGAUCUCAUUGGGUAACUUGUACGAUGUCGACAGUGAAGAACAAGAAUCUUUAUACAAAGAUGCUGAAGCAAUCUUAAACAAGGCUAACAAUGUCACUAACGGUAAAUAUAAGGACGUUUUAGACAAUUUAUUACAAUAAACUCCACACAUACAUUAUAUAUUAUCAUCUCUAUCAAAAUAAAACUAAACUAAACUUAACUAUAAAAAAAAGGAAGACAUCAAAUUAAAAAAAGGCACCGGUGCAAGCUCAAACAGUAACAACAUAAUAAAAUUCAAGCUGAUGCAUAAUCAGUUCCUGAAGGUCAAAUAAAAAAAAAAUGUGAUGGCAAGUGCUGGCGAGGGCCGGUGGAUCACAACCGCUGAUUGUUCGCGUAAGCAGGCGCACACAAAAUUGCCAAUCCCUACUUGUCAACACAUGGCACAAGGGUUAUCUAGCUUAGACUCUACUAGCAAUGGUACUCUCACUUUGCAACUUCAUAGCAUUCUUUUGAUGGGCGUCGUCUUUACAAAAUUGCAAACCGGUGCACAAAUGAUCUUCCAAUAACCGGUGUUUAGCACAAAAUUUACCUUGACAAUGACUACAAGUCCCAACCAUUCUCAAAGGAGCAUUGGAACAUGACUUGAAUGAACAUUUAUUCUUCUUUUUUGUCUUUUUGAUUGUUGGUGAAGUUGUUAUCUUUUCGGUUUGUGAGCUCAGGGGAGAUAACACUGGUGGGGUAUCGCUCACAUUACUCAUAAGAAUAACAGUGACAUCAUUGGUUGUUAUCCCAAAUGCCAGUAAUGGUUGGUAAUGUGGUUGUAAUUUUUCUCCGUUGUAAAUAAGUUUAAAAUCUGGUGGUAAGGUGGAUGUUACGGGACAUCCGACUUUGGCUGAAUUCUUGAGGUCUUCCACAGUGGCAUUAUCGGGUAUAGUAAUGGUAUACGAUAUUUCUGUAGAUAAUCUGAUAGUGACCUUCAUCGUGCGUGAUAAUCUAUAAGUUGGAAUAGUAAUAUUAAGUUAAAACAAGAAAUAGUU